AAAAUGAAAUGUCUUCAAAUUCCAGCUGUAAAGCCUGGCAGAGCGAACAGCUUCUUGACUUGAACCAGGAGCCUGAAGAGCACCUGUCUGUUGCACAGCUAUGCUCAGCACCGGAUAAGAAGUGCCCAGAAAGAAACAGUGCCGAAUUCGGAUAACCGAAUCUAGGCUUUCCUCCACUUUCUGCCGCCUUGUCCAGCCAUGGAGGCGUCUGCAGCUGGGGACGAGCAGGGCAGUACCCCCGAGCCCACCAUCGUGCAGCCUGCCGGGACCACCCACCCGCCAGCCUACCCGUCCCGGGACCCGCAGCAAGGGGAGCAGUUGCGCAUCGAGGAGGACGCGCAGUUUAGUGAAGAGCUGGAGGACAGAGGUUUACUAGAAAGCAGUACAAGGUUAAAACCUCAUGAAGCUCAGAGCUACAGAAAGAAGGCAUUGUGGGUUUCAUGGGCCUCCAUUUUUGUCACACUGGCUCUUGCAGUUGCUGCCUUCACUGUCUCCGUAAUGAGGUACAGUGCGUCAUCGUUUGGAUUUGCUUUUGAUGCCAUUUUGGAUGUGUUGUCAUCAGUGAUAGUUUUGUGGCGCUACAGCAAUGCAGCUGCUGUACAUUCAGCGCACAGAGAAUACAUAGCCUGUGUCAUCUUGGGUGUGAUAUUUCUUCUGUCUUCUCUAUGUAUAGUGAUCAAAGCCAUCCAUGACCUUGCAACUAAAUUGCUCCCAGAAGUGGAUGACUUUCUGUAUAGUGUUUCCAUUUUAAGUGGGAUCCUUUGCACAGCCUUGGCAGUGAUCAAAUUUAUGUUGGGAAAUGUACUUACGAGCAGAGCAUUGUUAACUGAUGGCUUCAACUCUCUAGUGGGGGGAAUAAUGGGAUUCUCCAUCCUCCUAAGUGCAGAAGUCUUUAAACACAAUGCUUCUGUCUGGUACCUGGAUGGGAGUAUAGGAGUUCUAAUCGGACUUACAAUCUUUGCCUAUGGAGCCAAGCUACUUAUGGACAUGGUUCCCCGGGUACGGCAAACACGUCAUUAUGAAAUGUUUGAAUAAAGACUGAGCAGCAUGGACUGAACAAACUUUUGAAAAAUCUAGCAGCAUCUACAUCCUGGCAAGAGGUGCCAAUGAUGUUUUACAACUAAUGCACUUUGUUUCCCAUGGUAUCUUUAUUUUCUUUACCUGUCAAGGGAAAAUCUGUACAAAUAGGCAAAUACAUGCACAGCUUAGAUCUUGGCUAAAGCAGCAUUUUCCUUUUGAGCGUGCUAUUAAAAUCCUACAAGUGGCAAUAGAACUGAAGUUUACAAUUCUGAUUUAUCUGCUGUGUCUUGACUGCUGGAGUAAUGAGAGUUCUUGAAGACACUAGCUGCCUGUAAAAAGGGCCCAUUUUCAAAGGGGUAUUCGACUGACACAUGUUAAAGGCUAUCAAAUUGGACAUAGCUUCUGCAGGCAACAGCCUACUCUCUUAGGGAUAGACAACAGUUAACUUUCGGUUAUACUGCCACCAAUUUUCUAGGAGGCGGCAGUGAGCGAGAUGUUGCCAGUGUCUUCUGCACAGAAUCCAGUGGUGUAUGGUACUUGGCUGCUGGAUGCCAACAAACAUAAGUUGAUGCUUUUUUCUUUUACUACAGCAGAGGUUGAGUCUAGCCUAAAACGAAGCAGCCAAUCCCUUCUGCCACCUUCCAUUGGCUCAAGUUUACAUGAACUUCUAGUUUUGUACUAUUUUACAAACUCUUAAAAUCAAGCACCACCUACAGUAUGUUAUGCUGCAUGGACAAAACAAAGUAUUAAUAUUCAGGCAAAAGCCAAAAAUGUGAGAGGAGUUAAGUUUGAUUUUUGUCUUUGAUUGUAUUAUACACUUAUGUAACAGUAUUUAUGGUAAAUACAUGGGUGUUCUGUUGUUUGGUACAAGUAAGGCAGUGAUGGUUUCAAUCCGGUAGCAAAAUAGUUACAAUAUAUUCUGUAGGUCUUCAUGUUCCCUCUCCCCAUCAUCUUGUGUAAUUCAACAUAUGAAUUUCAAUUUCUGACUUCCAUCAUAUAUAAUCAAUAAAGCAGUUACCUAUUUUAUACAAAACAUGGAAAUCAACCUGUGAAAAAGCUGUUUGGACACUACAGUUGAGUGGUCAGUUGUCUUGUACAGAAGCCUAUUGAAAUAAACUGUUUAGCGACUGCUACCCUUUUCAGCCUUGAAGCCUUUGUGCAUGCUGAGCUGAACAUGCAAGUAUGCAGUUCUAACUUUCAGUGCAUUGCUACUGAGGCCACAGGAUUGUACCUGGCAAAUGAGGCACUAUGGAAAUUGCAGCCUGGAAUGAGGUUUCACAGAUGGGCACCUACUGACGUAGUAUUGAUGUCUAGCAACAGUGUUAUUCUCCUACUUGAUUAUUGCUUACAAAUGCCAUGUUGCAGAUGGACAUUACCUGUGCAUCAUGUCCAUCUGUAAAAACAUGUACAAAUGGACAUGAGCAAGUUUUAAAUAAGCUGUCACUGAGGUUAUUUAGCACUAUGACUGCACAGAGGGAAUCACUUGGCAAUGCUGUCAUGUGAGCAUGAUGCUACAUCCGUACUCUGCUUCCUGUGAAGUGGUAGCAUGUUCUGCCUUCUAGAUGACUGUAUCCUACUUGAUAUUUCAAAACUCCCAAUGUGUUGAUGUUUAUCCAUGGAGGGCUGAAUAUUGCCAAACUGUGUUCUAGUUGCGGGGGAUGGUAGGGAAAUUGGUAGGGUAGUUCGCCCUCUACUAUUUUUCUGUAAGCCCACAAAGAUUGCCAAUGGUAAGACCCCAAGUAGGUUUUAGUUUUUUACACCAGACCUGUGCUACAACUGAUACAAGAUUACCAUGAGCUAUUCGUGCUGGCCUCUUGUUUGGCAAGAAACAAAUCAUUUCUCUGGGUAUUCCUGCCUCUGCUAUGUGAAAGACAAGCUAUACACAAGACUUUGACCUCUCUGUCGCAUGCACACACAUACUGCUGUAUGUGUGAUAUCACCCUACAAUAUUGGGAACCAUGUGUGAGUAUUAUACCCACAACUUAGUAGUUGCUGUGCGAGAUAAAGUAUGCCACCAUUAUAGCCUUUGGCAAAUCUCUCCAGAAAUGAAAAAUCAAUUGCCUAUGUUCAGGCUAAGUUCUUAAGCAUUAACUUAUUCAUAAAAAUGAUCUGGGGCAGGCGUCCCUAACAAGUGAGGCUUCUGUGCAGCUCAACCCCUAGGAUGCAUGUGCGCAUAUACUCACUCUGUUACAGUCAUGAAGCAGGUUGCUCUAGUUACUGGCUUACAUCUGACCUAAGUUACAUGUGCAUACCUCCAAUGGGAAAAGUUUACUAGUCCUAUUUCAAUCGGAGUACUCUGUGCUAAUUUUCUGACACUUGUCUGUCAGGCUGAGGUGUGGGAUAUGUUGAACUUAAUCUUGCCAGCCAAUCAGCAGCAGAGGAGGAGGGUCUUCCUCCUCCUCCUUCCCCUUUUCGAGUGGAGAUAUCAUCCUCUUUGGGGUACAAAUUGUGGGGAAGGAGAGCUCUCAGAACUACCUGGCAGCCCUUCAAGUUAUUGGGAAUCUCCAAUCUAGGGGAUGGAUCUUUAGAUCAAUUAGCAGAACAUACAAUCAAGCUUCCCUACCAUAACCUGAGUCUCUAAAAAUAUAGAAUUAUUAUCAACUCCCUCUGCCCUAUUUCAAUACUUCAAGUACCUUCCAUGAGCUCUGUUCUUAUGACUAUGUUUUCAGUACAGCUCUCAAAUACAAUGCAGCCUAAUGGUUGGUUGGUUGGCUUUUUGUUCAAGCACAGGGCAAAUGAUAAUAACAACUCAGUCACACACAAAAAUUUAUUGAAAAAUAAUGUUCUCCCUAGUUCCCCCUACAACAGUAAAAGCAUUGUUCUCAGCCAUUAACACAGACAUUUACACCUUGGUUUAAGUUCCCCAUGUUAUUAAAUCAAUAUAAUUGGACAAUUGUACUCACUAUGAAGCAAAACUGCUUGAACAAUAUAAUGGAACACAAUUUAAGAAGGAAAAGUUUCAAAAAUGUCUAAACAUACAUAAGCAGUGCUUUUGCAAUAAAUAACUUAGGCUAAUGUGAUUUUUAAAAAGAAAACAAUUGAUUAGUUGACAGUUCUAGAAAGGGGAUCAUAACAUUCCUCUCCCAAUCUCUUUUUGGCAGAUAGGAAUUGGGUCUAAUUGCAGAAGGUAUCUUCAUAUUUUCAUGAGAAACAUUAAUAUUGUCUUGAUGAAAUGCUGUUGCUUUUUCUUUUCUUUAAUGCUUCUGUUUUACAUUUGGAAAAAAGAAAACAAACCUAAAAGGCAUUAAUGAAGGUUUUUAAAGUAAACCACACACUACAUCAAUCCAGGAGCGAGAGAGCAUGGACUGUCAUUCACUUUCUUAAAGAGAUUAGCACAGUGGAUGCAUUGCCAUGUAUGGAUGAAUCUGCUUCUUACAUUAACAAUGUACUCACUCACUAAACUCUGCUACUAGUAGCAGAUUGCUGAAUAAGAGGAAAUGGAGAAUUUAACAGGGUGCUUCUGCAAUAGAGACUGAUUUAAGCAGCAGAUUAAGCCUCUCUUACAUGUGCUUGUUCUACUCUCACAGCACUGCCAUAGUGCAUUGUAUAAACAGGCCAUCACAAAGAACAAUACAGGCCAGGCUUUACACUUAUGUGCCUCUCAUGACCACCUGAAAGACAGUUAGCAUGGGACCAGAAGUUCCUCACAAGCAUGUUAUUGAAACCUGCUCAAGUCUGGUGUCCACGCCAUGUUACUGAGAGUCUUCCAACAGCUGCCCAAUUUCAGUUGUCAGGAUAUGUAGUUGGACGAAUCUCAGUAAUGUGGCACGGGAGUCAGACUUGGGGGCGACUAUGGAUGAUUCACCCACCAGGAAUGCGUGCUAGCGGUUCCUAGCGUUUCAGCAUGUCUCCACCUAAUCGAAAUUUCUCUUGGCCUAAUGGAACUUGUUUUAGUGUUCUUUCACUCAUGCCCAGGUUCUCUGAUCCUCAUACUGUUGAGUGCUAUUUAUGGACAGUAACCGGCUCAGCAACCGUGGAAGUAACCCCCCUGCUCUAGCUUUAUCUUCCCUUCAGUACUACCAGUAUUAAGGAAAACAGCUGCAUCGAUCCCAACUGGAUUCCCACAGUGCUUCUUUAGCCAUGCACUGAAAUACAGCACAUGAACACAUCCCAAUUGAAGCAAUUCACUUUAAUCUACUGCAGGCCAGGUUGACGUUCAGUCUGCCAGCACACUUGUUCCUUUAUAGAGCAUCCAUCAUUACAGGUGCAAUUUUAAAGUUACUGGAGCCUGUGUUUUUUCCUUUGAUAUCACAAGGGUAAUUUUACUGGUAAAUAUAGAGUGCCCAGUUUAGGUCAGUUUCAUUUUAUCUACUUUCAGUUACUAUUUUUGGCUUCAUGCCUGCUAAUUCGGCAAAAGAUUGUGCCGUUUACCAUUGCCUUCCUCCUGCACAGUAUGAGAUGAUACCUUUGCCGUUGUCACUGAAGUGAUCAUCCACCUCCAGCACCUUCCCAUAUCACUGCUGCCUGAUAUAGGUGACAACAAAUACAUGUUUACUAGGCACAGUCUGGGAAGCACACCAGUGGGGAUUCAAACUAACAGCCUCUUGCUCCCUAGGCAAGCUGCUUCCCCGCUGUGCCAUUGCAGCUGUUAACUGGGCAAAAAGGCACCUAGACACCUUUAAAGGUUACGGCUUUCCUGUUGAUCAGGAAGAGAGUAAUUGCCCAAACGCAUCCAGUGGCUUUUUUCCAGUGGCUGCUUGCUCGUGUCUCUCUCCCUUAUAUCUUUGUAAAGACUGCAACCCCUCUUAAGGCAGGGAAGCUUUUUAAAUAUUUCAAUUUCUUUAACUAUGUAAACAGCUGUGAACAAGUCUUUUUUAAAAAAUUGGCUCUUAAAAUCAAUCUUCAAAGUCUUUCAGAAAAAUAGUUAGGCUUGAUUGGACUUCACUGGACUUCUUUAGAAGCUCAAAUAUUUAUUCACCUCCUAGGGCAACUAAGAACUGUGUUUAAUAAAUUAUCAGGAAGGGAAGGCAUGUAUAAUGAAGUGAUCAAGUAAACCUUUUUGUGGACCAGCAUGGUAAUUUUCAUUUUCUUGCAAGGUUGCUCUCAGUGAAGAUAAAUCUAGAGCAGGAGGUCAAGUCCCAAUAGCUUGGUACAUGGGUGGUAUAAACUGGACAGGUACUUUGUUCCUUAAAUAGCUUGAUGGAAGCGUAAAGUUAAAGGCACUUUAUGAAGGCACGUGGGGCUAACCAAUGCAAGGAUUCUGCUUCACAAACUCUCUCAAAAGAAAAGCUAAUGACUAGAGUGGGCAGUGAAAAUAUAAGGCUAUCAAAUAAUAUUGACUGACAUGAUGCACAUUUCUAAAGUCUCCAUUGGAACUUGCGGCAGUGCUGCUGCAGAUGUGGAAGCAACCAGUUGGCAGCAGUGUUCCCUCUAACAGAGAUUUCCAGAUGUUCUUCACUACAACUCCCAGUAUCCCCAGCUGCAGUGGCCUUUGGCCAUUUGAUUGCAGUCAACAACAUCUGGGAAUCCCUGUUAGAGGGAACACUGAUUGGCAGCACUACUAGCAUAUAAUGGGAACAAAUACAGUAAUGCUGGUAGCACUAUAUCCGGUUCUCUACAGAAGUGCCACAAGUUCUAAUGGAGAUGUUAGAACUGUCCCUCACAGCGGACCCCCAUUUUUAAUAGAUUUAACGUGCACAAAUGUACACAUAUCAAGUGGAUGAGCAAAUGAAUUCCAACCUGGAAUACUUGCAUUAAUAAAACAUGGUUUAGUUUCAGUAUCACUAUGGUAGGGGAACAAUUCAGGAAGUUAGGCGUGAUGCAUGAGAGGCAUAAGUGGUUUUUUGGGGUUUUUUUAAAGCCAAACUUCAUAGUGAGAAAAGGGAAGCUUUUCUUUAGGGUUUUUAAGAAACCAGUUGACAUCUUUCCACAACAUUGCUAGAGACAUUAAUGGGAGUUAGAAUUUGGAUAUCGACUUCUAAAAUUUUCUAUUAGUGCAUCGUCGGUAUGUCAGUGAAGCAAACUAUCACACUAGUUGCUGCAUUUGACCACAGAGGAGAUACCCUAAGCAGAAAGAGAAUGCACUAAAUGCCUAGCUUAACACAUCCUCUCAACGAUGACAAAACUGGAAGACAAGGAAGGUGACUGAAGGGCCUAUAACUCAAGGUUGAGUUAUGCACAUUACUUGAUCAUUAGCACACAUUCACCAUGAUUCUCUCUUUCCACAGAUGUAUGCUCUCUUGCACGACACCAUCUCUGCCCCCAGGAUGGUUAGAGGAGCUUUCCCCAUAGUUUCCCAUGCAUUAAUGUUAGGUAGCAAUUCAAAUGUGUAUUUAGUAGCUAUAAAGAGAAGGAGACUAAUUAACAAGGCUCUUAUCCAGAAUGCAAACCCCCUGAUGAAAUUAGGAUGGUUCUUCUUAAAGCCAAUUCUGUGGUUUUUUGAAAUGUAUGUCGCACAUCGAGCAUGCCAUGAUCCAGAAUUUUCUGAAAUCUAUUCAAUUGUCCUUCAAGCAUAGUCUGUCACAAUUACUAGUCCAUUAUGCCAAGUAUGGAUGCACUAUCAUUUUAUACAAGGCCAUAACAUUUUCUCUGCUGAAAGCACUAUCAGUAUACUCUUCCUGUUAGUAAAACUUGCAGUUAUAAAAUUUGUUAAAACAAAAGCAUUUGAAAAAAGCCACUACCACCUCCCCCCCUCCCCCCAAAAAGCAAAAUGACAUAAAAAUGAAGGCAUCAGUGAAGAGAAAAUUGCUACAUAAGAGAGUGAUGUGCUCACACUUUUUCAGUCACAUGAACAUGGACUCAGAAUAUUCUAGUUUGGCUCAAGAAGCUACACAAAACAUUGCAUAUUUUAUUCAAUCAUGCAGUUCAUUUAUUUGAACUUGAGUGUGACUUAACUGUCUGGAUUGUCUCCAAAUAAGUUUUUAAAUGUCUGGAAGCAGAAAGCCUGCCAGACAGCCAGAAUAACUGCUGAAUGAUCAUGUGGAGAAAUCAUAGGGAUAUUACAAAUGAGCUGUCUUUGCAUUCAAAAAUAAGAAUAAAAAAAAUAAAAUCCUCCACAGCUAUGUGGAGAACGUAUGAACUGGUGUGAGCAUGCAGAGUUUGCAAAUUUUUCUGGUGGCCAUUUGUAAAAGCAAGGCAGCCUAACCUUGCAUGAAUUGUUCACGAGUAUUGCCACAUGUAGCCUUUUUUAAAAAAAGGUGGGUGGGUAGGUAGGAUGAGGGGUUUGUGUGCGUGCAUACAGUUUGUUGCAGGUGGAUUACCACUGGGGACUUCACUAAUCCUGUGAAUACUGAAAAUGUAAUGGGUAAGAGAAACAGAGCUAGACACACAUGUGGUGAUAGUGGGGGAAAGCAUAUAUCCUUUUAAGACAGACAAUUCUAAAGGCCCUUUGGCAGUAGGACAUGGCAAUGGUGGGAAGAGAUCAGAAACAAGGCAAAGACUCGCACAUUUUCUACUGGAAUGCUCACAUGGUAAAGCUCGUAUUUCACCAAAUUUAAACAACAACAACUAGGAGAACCUUUAAGGGUUCUGAUUUGCGAUUCACUGAAGACUGAAAGUAUAAGAUGUGCCUCAUAUUCAGCAAAAGGCUACUUCAGCAUCUUGAAAAUGCAUCAACUGUAGGCUUCCUCUCUGAGGAUGAAAUUGCAAAGUAUCUUGCCAGUUCACAAAACCAGAAGCAUGACUCUACCUUCACUUUUUCUUUUUCAGCUGGCCACAACCUAUCCAAUUGUCACUGAUUAACGUUCCAGUUUUUUCGAUCAUUGAGAGCUGCAAGUUUAUUUCUUUACAAAACAGAGCACCAACUCAUACAAGAUCCUGGGCAUUAUUCCAUUUGCUGACACAUAGUAGAUAUAACAUGGUGCAAAAGUGUAUUGUUUUUAGACACAACUUUCAAGUAGAAAUAUCAAUGGACCGUAUACUUGCCACAUUCUAUAUUGCAGAAUGCUCUUCAUUGUCUUCUAAUAGAAAAUAUUUAGAAUUUAUAUUACUAAUAUUUACACAAAAUAUUAAUCUUAAAAUUAAGUGUUCCAUUAUAGCUGUUCAGGCAUUGUCUACAUCCUCAAACACAAUUAUUAUUAUUUUUAAAGGCACAAAUAUUAGCAGAAUGUGUUCCGACUUUGUCAUGCAAAAACCAAAGAUACCCUGCAAACAUGACUGCUUCUACUACAAAAGAACCCCUAUAACAAAACAGUUAAUAUACCAAAAGCAUACCUAUUUAUAGAUAUGCAAAUCAACUUGCAUAUGACAAAAUGAGGUUUAUUGGCAGUUUUAAACAGUUUAUUCAAUCUUUACCUUUCAAAGGGUAAGCUUUAAUGGUAAAAAAUUAAAAAUAAAUUAUGUAAAUACCGGUAGUUCUCAAAUUCUGGUAAUCUAAUAGAACAAUGUUUUUGAAAAAUACCAAACAACAAAAGGGUAAAAAAAAAACCCCUCAUAAAACAAAGAAGGAAAACUAUGAAAACCUGUUGCUUCUGGUGAUGAGGAUUUUAGAACUAAAUUUUCACUAAGUGAGAUCUGCAGAUUGCAACCUAGUGUACCAAAGGACAAAAUUAAGUUCUGGUGCUGGAAUUUUAUCUGACAGAAAAGGUAACAUACAGAGUUCUACUGAUCAUCUUAAAAGAAAUAUCUCAUUCUCACAUUCAUUUUUUAAGGAAAUCAUGCAGCUUAGCCACAGAAGGACAAGUACCUGUUUUAUCAUCAAACUAUAAAUAAAAUGAUAUUGGACAGUUACAGCCAUUAAUGUAAAGAAGCAAUUGAGGGAGGCAAUGAAAUUUAUUGGCCUCCCUCAAUUUUUUUAUUAAAAGGGUUACUUUUGUGAAGAUCUCUCUCAUUCCCCGCCCUUCUCCUGUCCUUUGAGUGGUUAUUUAGUUUCAGUUACUGUAUUUAAUCUUGAGUGUUUCCAGUUGCCUGAAAAUAGAGCAUUGAUAAUGAUGUAUGGACACUGAAAUGCAUUUUCUCGAGUUGGAAUAUCUUUUGUUUUAUUUAUGCAUUAAAGAGAGUUAAAAAUG